CUAGUGGAGUCAAGCCAAACCACAGAGGUAAGAAAGUGAGAGGAUGCUUCUUUGAAGUUUCCCGGAAAGCUCCAACCCCUUUCCGCGCUGCUUCAAUUUUGUUUCCCGCUUUCUUUCUCCCUUCCUUUUUCCUUUUCGUUGGCUCUGCCUUUUAUCCGUCUGGGAAUCUCUCCGCCCUUAAUCUAUUUACUUUUAACUCCGAGAGAGAAGAAAGCAGUUUCUGUUCAAGUACAGAAAGCCCUAGCUCCAGAUCAGAUCUCGGGGUUGAAGAAGAGGUCUGAGGGAGUGUUUUUUGCUGUGAAAAUGCAGACUAGGUACAUGGAAAGAUCGGCUAGUAUGGCUCGGGAGAAACGACCUAAUCCGGGUAGUAGUAGUGAAGAAGGUCAGCCUGAUAGGAAACGCCCUGCUCUUGCCAGUGUUAUUGUUGAAGCGCUGAAGGUUGACAGUCUGCAAAAGCUUUGCUCAUCACUGGAGCCGAUUCUUCGCAGAGUUGUUAGUGAAGAAGUGGAGCGUGCUUUGGCAAAGUUGGCCCCCGCAAAACUUAACUCUAGGGUUUCUCCGAAAAGAAUAGAAGGACCGGAUGGAAGAAACUUACAGCUACACUUUAGGUCGAAAUUGUCACUACCUCUCUUUACAGGAGGGAAGGUUGAGGGAGAACAAGGUUCUGCCAUCCAUGUUGUUUUGCUCGAUGGAAAUACUGGGCGUGUUGUGACAAUGGGACCAGAAUCCUCAGUCAAACUGGACAUUGUUGUACUCGAGGGGGAUUUUAACAAUGAGGACGAGGAAGGCUGGACUCAAGAAGAUUUCGAGUCUCAUAUAGUGAAAGAGCGUGAAGGGAAGAGGCCCCUUCUAACUGGGGACUUGCAAGUAACAUUAAAGGAAGGCGUAGGUACCCUUGGUGAGUUGACGUUUACUGACAAUUCUAGCUGGAUUAGAAGCAGGAAGUUUAGACUAGGUUUGAAGGUUGCACCGGGCUAUUGUGAGAGCAUUCAUAUCCGGGAGGCAAAAACAGAUGCUUUCACUGUCAAGGAUCACAGAGGAGAAUUGUACAAGAAACAUUACCCACCUGCAUUAAGCGAUGAAGUUUGGAGGUUGGAAAAGAUAGGAAAGGAUGGUUCUUUCCACAAGAGGCUAAACAAAUCUGGAAUAUUCACAGUGGAAGACUUCCUACGACUUGUUGUGACAGACUCACAGAGGCUUCGAAGUGUCCUGGGAAGUGGAAUGUCAAAUAAGAUGUGGGAAGCUCUUGUAGAGCAUGCAAAGACGUGUGUUCUAAGCGGGAAACUCUAUGUCUACUAUCCCGAUGAUAUGAGGAAUGUCGGGGUUGUGUUUAACAAUAUCUAUGAACUAUGUGGAUUGAUUGCUAGUGAACAGUAUCAUUCUAUCGAUUCUCUUUCUGACAACCAAAAGGUCUAUGUGGACACCUUAGUGAAGAAGGCAUAUGAAAAUUGGAUGCAUGUCAUUGAAUAUGAUGGCAAAUCUCUUCUAAGCCUCAAUGACAACAAGAAUUCAGAUACUUCUCAACAUGACCAAGUAGUUGGCUCACAGAACCAUUCAAACUCUUACGCUAAUCAGCUAAAUGUUCCAGCUCUCCCGUCCUCAAUUCCUUCGGAGCAGCCUGCUAUGAAUCCAGGAUCAAACAUUGGAGGGUAUAAUGACAGCAUGAGUGGCAGAUUUCUGAUGCAGUCACAGAACAUGGAUCUCAAUGUCACGGGACACUUAAAUGGGCCUUUCCAGAAUCACUUGAUAGGCACGUCUCAGCAGACUCAGCCUCCUGGAACUGAGAAUAUGCUGGCGCUUCGACCUCAACAGUCUUCAAUGUCCAACUUUCUUACUCCCGGUACAACAAAUCUUACCUCUGAUGACUACUUUACUGAGGAAGAUAUUCGGCUGAGGAGUCAUGAGAUGCUUGAAAAUGAAGACAUGCAGCAUCUUCUCCGUAUUUUCAACAUGGGAGGCCAUAGUCACACUUCUGCUAAUGUCAUGGAAGAAAAUUACCCUUAUGCAUCAGCAUACAUGCCCAAUAUGUCAUCGACGUUUGGGUUUGAUGAUGACCGGUCACGUUCUUCAGGAAAAGCUGUUGUCGGUUGGCUCAAGCUUAAAGCAGCCUUGAGAUGGGGUAUCUUCAUCAGGAAGAAAGCUGCAGAGAGAAGAGCACAAAUUGUUGAACUGGAUGACUUGUAGAUAUGCCUUCUCUGUACUUCGCUUUGAUGUUUGAGGGCUUCUAAGGUUUUUACAUGUGCAUACAAAUAAAAGAUGGGAAAGUUUUAGGAAAAUUUACAUGAAAGCAGACUCGCACCUGGAGAACAGACAGCAGUGUCUUCACUCUGCAUCUGAGAUUUCAUCCUCAUCUUCAUCCAGGAUGUAAACUAAAGCACGCUUUCUUGCAGCAAAAACACAAGCCACACCUCUUGAAGCUGUCAAUGAAAAUCAUAACAAGAUAAAUGUUUGCUCAGCUUACCAGAUCUCAAGGCUUUAUGCAAUACAAAGUGAUGCUAAAGUAGUUGCUGACUGUGAUGGAAAACAAAUAGAAGCCUAACAGAUCUCAAGGCUUUAUGCAAUACAAAGUGAUGCUAAAAUAGUUGCUGACUGUCAUGGAAAACAAAUAGAAGCCGUACGGACAAAAUUACUUUUUUCUUUUGGUGAAACAGAGACCUCCAAGGUGGCAAAUAUCCUAGAGAGAGAGAGAGAGAGAGAGAAUACUCACAUCCCUCUAUAGUAACUUUGGAUGGAAGACAAUAAUUCAUAAUUAAGCUGUUUUAUUUUUAAA